AAUCGAGGUCUGGUCUGGGGAUGCUAAAGAGUGAUUUUGAAAAGGUUCACUAUCACUUUCAGUUAUUCACCCAAUUAAUGAAAUUUAUCAACAGGUUGGAGUUCUUGGCAGGAUUAUGAAUGGGUAGAGGAUGUGCAGAAAUGGACACACUGGGUUGGCUCUGUCAGAUUUGCAUGCGCAGGCAGUGGAUUGAAGAUGUUUAAGCGGUGGAUUGCAUGACAUUUGGAAACCUUCCUGUGCAUCUCAGAGGGGCAGAAUAACGCUGCAGGAACUCAUCGUUGGCUUACUGGAAUCAGGAGGGCUAUGUUCCUGGGAUCCUGGCCUUUGUCUCACCUUAUGUGCUGCCUUGUGGCUCCCAACAGACUGCCAGGACACCAUGGUCUUGCAUCCUCCAAGCUCCUGUGGUGCCUGUUCCUCUUGGCACUCUUGUCCCUCCUGCAGCAGGUGGGGUCCCUGCCCUACAAAAUAGGAGUGCUGGGCCCUUGGACUUGUGAUCCAUUAUUCUCAAAGGCGCUGCCUCAGGUUGCUGCUCAGUUAGCAAUUGAUCGAAUCAACCAGAACUCAUCACUUGAUCUGGUUCACACUUUUGAAUACGUGAUUCUCAACGAAGACUGCCAGGCUUCGAGGGCCCUCUCCAGUCUUAUUUCCCACCACCAGAUGGCCUCAGGAUUUAUUGGACCUGCCAACCCUGGGUACUGUGAGGCAGCUGCGCUCCUGGGCACCAGCUGGAACAAAGGGAUUUUCUCUUGGGCUUGUGUGAAUUAUGAAUUAAACAAGAAGGAGAGUUACACAACAUUUUCUCGGACACUCCCUUCUCCCAUCCGGGUACUUGUAACUGUCAUGAAAUAUUUCCAGUGGGCUCAUGCUGGAGUCAUUUCUUCAGAUGAAGACAUCUGGGUGCACACAGCCAACCAAGUCGCAAGUGCUCUUCAGAGCCAUGGCCUGCCUGUAGGGGUCGUCCUGACCACAGGAGAAGACAGCCAGAGCAUGGGUAACAUUCUCCAAGGGAUUCGCCAGGCCGACCGAAUUCGCAUAAUCAUCAUGUGUAUGCAUUCGGCUUUGAUUGGGGGACAGACUCAAAUAGAGCUCUUGGAAUGGGCUCAUGAUUUGAAAAUGACUGAUGGAACCUAUGUGUUUGUUCCUUACGAUGCCCUGCUCUACAGUUUACCUUAUAAGCACACUCCAUACCAGGUCCUAAGGAAUAACCCAAAGCUCCGAGAAGCCUAUGAUGCUGUAUUGACAAUUACAAUGGAGUCUCAAGAGAAGACAUUCUAUCAGGCUUAUACGGAGGCAGCAACAAGGGGUGAAAUUCCUGAGAAGCUGGAGUUAGAUCAGGUUUCACCAUUGUUUGGAACCAUCUACAAUUCAAUUUACUUUAUUGCACAAGCCAUGAAUAAUGCUAUGAAAGAAAAUGGACAGACUAGUGCUGCCAGCCUGGUUCAGCAUUCCAGAAACAUGCAAUUCUAUGGAUUCAACCAGUUGAUAAGGACAGAUUCAAGUGGAAAUGGAAUUUCAGAAUACGUAAUCCUGGAUACUACCUGGAAAGAAUGGGAACUCCAUAGCACCUACACUGUGGACAUGGAAGCAGAGAUGCUACGAUUCAGAGGAACCCCUAUUCACUUUCCUGGUGGCAGGCCCCCUACGGCAGAUGCAAAAUGCUGGUUUGAUGAAGGGAAGAUCUGCAGAGGAGGCAUCGACCCCGCCUUUGCCAUGAUGGUUUGCUUUGCUUUGCUUGUAGCCCUGCUGUCUAUUAAUGGAUUUGCUUAUUUUAUAAGGCGUCGUAUAAAUAAAAUCCGGUUGAUUAAAGGACCCAACAAAAUUCUACUGACUUUGGAGGAUGUGACAUUUAUCAAUCCCCAAUUUGGCAGCAAGAGAGGAAGUCGUGCCAGUGUAAGCUUUCAGCUCAUCUCAGAGGUUCAAAGUGGGAGGUCGCCAAGGCUCUCCUUUUCUUCAGGGAGUCUAACUCCAGCUACCUAUGAAAACUCCAACAUAGCGAUUUAUGAGGGUGAUUGGGUGUGGCUGAAAAAAUUUCCCUCUGGAGAUUUUGGAGACAUUAAGUCUAUAAAGUCAAGUGCAAGUGGUGUAUUUGAGAUGAUGAAAGACCUGCGGCAUGAGAAUAUUAACCCUUUAUUGGGCUUCUUCUGUGAUUCGGGGAUGUUUGCCAUUGUGACUGAGUUCUGUUCACGGAGGAGCCUUGAAGACAUACUGAUAAAUCAGGAUGUGAAACUUGACUGGAUGUUUAAAUCAUCUCUCCUGCUGGAUCUCAUCAAGGGCAUGAAGUACUUACACCACAGAGAGUUUGUUCAUGGGAGGCUAAAGUCACGGAACUGUGUGGUAGAUGGACGUUUUGUACUCAAAGUGACGGAUUAUGGCUUUCAUGACAUUUUAGAAAUGCUCAAACUCUCUGAAGAGGAACUUUCUGCAGAAGAGUUGCUGUGGACGGCCCCUGAACUGUUGAGAGCCCCAAAGGGCAGCAAGCUAGGUUCUUUUGCAGGAGAUGUCUAUAGCUUUGCCAUCAUCAUGCAAGAAGUGAUGGUCCGGGGUACUCCAUUCUGCAUGAUGGAUCUGCCUGCUGAAGAAAUUAUAAACAGACUUAGAAGGCCUCCUCCUGUGUAUAGACCGGUGGUUUCUCCUGAGUACGCCCCUCCAGAGUGCCUGCAGUUGAUGAAACAGUGCUGGGCUGAGGCUGCAGAACAACGACCAACUUUUGAUGAAAUAUUUAGUCAGUUUAAAACUUUCAAUAAGGGGAAGAAGACCAAUAUCAUUGAUUCUAUGCUUCGGAUGUUGGAGCAGUAUUCUAGCAACUUGGAAGAUCUGAUUCGGGAGCGGACUGAAGAGCUGGAAAUUGAAAAACAGAAAACAGAAAAGCUUCUAACGCAGAUGCUACCACCAUCAGUGGCUGAAUCCCUGAAGAAGGGCUGCACAGUUGAACCUGAAGGUUUUGAUUUGGUCACCUUAUACUUCAGUGACAUUGUGGGCUUCACCACCAUCUCAGCCAUGAGUGAGCCCAUUGAGGUGGUUGAUCUUUUGAAUGACCUGUACACACUCUUUGAUGCAAUCAUUGGCAGCCAUGAUGUCUACAAGGUGGAGACCAUUGGAGAUGCCUAUAUGGUGGCUUCAGGCCUUCCAAAGAGGAAUGGUAGUAGGCAUGCGGCUGAGAUUGCCAACAUGUCCCUUGAUAUCCUGAGCUCUGUGGGCACUUUCAAAAUGCGGCACAUGCCAGAGGUGCCAGUCCGAAUUCGAAUGGGCCUUCACUCAGGGCCAGUUGUUGCUGGAGUGGUGGGCCUUACCAUGCCCAGAUACUGUUUGUUUGGAGACACUGUGAACACAGCUUCUCGGAUGGAAUCAACAGGGCUACCUUAUCGCAUUCAUGUCAGUCUCAGCACUGUUACUAUUCUGCAGACUCUGAGUGAGGGCUAUGAAGUGGAGCUUCGAGGAAGAACAGAGCUCAAGGGCAAAGGCAUAGAGGAGACAUUUUGGCUGGUUGGAAAAAAAGGCUUCACUAAGCCCCUUCCUGAGCCCCCACCAGUAGGCAGAGAUGGGCAAGUGGGCCAUGGCUUGCAACCAGCAGAGAUCGCAGCCUUCCAAAGAAGAAAGGCAGAAAAGCAGUUGGUGAGAAACAAGCCGUAAGGAGCCAAGAGCUCCAGGACUUGAAUCUUCUUUUGGCAAGUUGAUGAAAAAAUUCACUGCAGUUCGACUAACUGCUGUGCAUGGGCAGGAAAU